CGUGCGGGGGGGGGGGGGAGGCGGGAUGCGCACCGCAUAAAAGCCGGGCUGCCGCCGGCGCAGGAACUCAGCAGCGGGAGCGCAGCGACUCCGAUUGCCGAGCGGAUUCCCUUCCGAAGCAGCAGCAGCAGCAGCAGCAGCAGCAGCAGAAGGGUGUAAUUUCCCCCUGGACUCUGCCAAGAUGUGGAUGCUGUCGCCCCCCUCUGGUGCCCUUCAGCACACCAAGAAGCUCUUCCUGAGCGAGCGAGCCGGCCGCGCGCAAGCGGCCGAGUUCCUGCGCAAGAAUGCCGCCAACGCCCUCUCCAUCGCGAACCUUCUCGCCGGGCUCUCCUCCAUCCUCUGCAGCCUGAACGGGCAGUCGCAUUAUGCCUGCUUGCUGAUCCUGAUUGGGUUCCUGCUGGACCUCGCAGAUGGAGCCGUGGCCAGGCAGCUGAAGGCCUGCUCGGACCUGGGAGCCAAGCUGGAUGACUUCGCCGACUUCACCACCUUCGGCCUGGCCAGCGCCUUGCUGCUGCAAGCCCACGGCCUGCUGGACGGGCUGCUGGCCAUCCUGUACGUGCUGGCUGUCUUCACCCGCCUCUGCUUCUUCCACAGCGGGGUCCCCUUCAUGUACCGGGGCUUGCCCUGCCCUUACGGCGCCGCCGUGCUGGCGACCACCUACCUCCUGACCAGGGGCAACCUGCUGGUGAUGUGCCUCAUUGCCCUGGUGAUGAUCCUCUUCAUGGUGGACCAGGGCUUCUACCCGCACGACCAGGUGCUGGAGUCCCAGGCGUGGAAGAAGGCCGUCUAUGCCGGAGGCGUCGUGAUGCUCCUGUUCUCUGCCUCGCCCUUGUCUCCCCUCUACUAUCUCACCUGGUCCGUCUCUUACAUCUUCUUCCCGAGCCUCUUGUGGAGCUGCAAAGUGUAACCUCGCGGGGGACGGUGGUGCACGGAUGAGGCCGGCUGCUCCAGCGUCAACAGCCACAAGUCGCCUAAAACCUACUAGAGCUGCUGUCGCCGGCUGGGUGGCUCUGGGGUGUCUCCGUCGCUUUCCGCCCCAGACAGGGAGGGGGGUGUCCGGGGAGCACGGCGCCCGCCUGCCGCCCCAGCCGGGUGAACGAUGCCCCAGGCCUCUUCUGCCACGUCGCAGGGAAUGUACAUACUCUUUUCUUUCAAAAAAGCAAACACUCCGUAGACCGAAGAGGAGAAAUCCAUGCUUAGAACUUUAUUUUUUUUACUCCGUGAUUUACUGGUUGACGGGAUGGAGGGAGAUGCAAAGGACUUUGCCAAGCCCUCUCGCCCUGCUGCUUUUCAAGACCCUGCCCUGGACCAGCCCAAAGUGAGAAUUUCCCUGGUGGGAAGAAGAGGAUCCCAGCACUCUCCUGCGCUCGCAGCCCACCGGCCCCAUCGAGAGCCACGCCGUGUGCCAGAGGAAACCUUUCCGGCUGUGGGACCAGAUCUGCCCCGCCCCGCGACCAAAGGGCUGUGCCCUGUGGAGCUGUCCAGGGUGGGGGGCCCAGCAUGCGCCUGCCCCUCGGAAGGGUCGAGGGGGGCCUGCCCCACAAGGUUCACCUCUUUCUCCGCAGAGACCUUUUGGGCCAAACCCCCGUUUUGCUGUCAAGACCAGGCAGAUUGUUUUGUGUCUCUCUGGAAAAGCGUACUUGAAACUAAUGCUCUCAUGUCUUGGGAAAUAAAAGGCAAAAAGUGAA